AUGAGCGACGUCAGCUCCGCGUCGCUGCCGCCGCCUGCGCCCGACGCCGGCAUCGCCUCUGCCUCGACGCUCGCCUCGGCCGCCGCCGUGCGCGCCACGCUCGCCUCGCUCGCCGCGCACUCGGCGUCGCUCGAUGCGCAUCUCGCCCAGCUCCUCGGCGCCGCCGCGCCGCGCGUCGCGGCGGCGCGCGCACGCAUCGCACACACGCAGCCGCAGGUGGCGCUCAUCCUCGAGGAGGCCGGCGUGCUGCAGAGCCGCCUGGCAGACACCUCGGCCAACGCCGCGCGCAUCAGCGAGGCCGUGCGCCGCCUCGACGAGGAGCAGAGCCGCAUCGACGUGGCGGCGCGCUGGGCACAGCGCACCGCGGAUCUCAGAGCGGCACUGCAUUCGCUGGCAUCGGCCAUUGAGCAGGCCGACUGGGACGCAGCGACGCGCCAUUGCAUCCGCGCCAUGAGCAUCGACGCAGACAUCCUCGGCUCCGACUUUGCCGCGGCCGUGGUGCCGUCGGCCGAGCUUCCCCUCGCGCCUCCUCAAACGCUCCUCUCGCUGCGCGAGUCCUUACUCGAGGUCUUCUCACGGCGCUUCCGGCUUGCCACAGAGGCGAAAGACAGCGCUGAAGCGACAAGAUACUUCAAGAUGUUCCCUCUCGUCGGCUGGCGCAACGAAGGGCUGUCGGUCUACUCCGAAUUCGCACGCGCAAUGGUGCGAGAACGAGGACGAGUCAUCGUGGAUGCUCUCGUGGGCGGGUCAAGCACCUCGACGCAUCAUCAUGCCUCGCUCCUGACGUCGCUCUUUGAGCACCUGGCGCUGCUCAUCGACCAGCACCAGCCGCUCGUGGACCGCAACUACGGCCCGGGAGGCUUUGCGCUGGGCGUCAUGCCGGGCCUGCAAGAGGAGUGCGAUCGCCUGGGAAGAAGAGUGUGGGACGCUUGGUGGGAUGAACGAUUGGUGCCUCGCAAACUGGACAGCGCACGCUCGCACAGCUUUGCAUACGUCGCCUCACUGGGCGCCAGUAGUCUCCGGGGACUCAGUCGAGGUGCUCCAGGACGCCCUGGUACGCCACUCAACGGAGGCGGGACAGGCACGGCCACCCCAGUAGAGCAAGAAGGUCCCGACGGCAAGGAUGUCGACCGCCUCCUCACGGAACUGGCGGGCAUGGCUGCACGCUGGGGCACGUAUCAGCAGUUCCUGCAGGGUCGACUUGGCGCGGAGAACGGGACAGCAGCAGCAGAGGAAGAGGCAGAAGACAGCACUCAGCCGAGCGGCGUGCCUGCUUCGGCACUUGGCAAGCAGCUCGCAGACGGCCUGCAGAAUGCCUACGUGCCGCUCGAGACGUGGUAUCUGCGCAUCAGCAUCGAGAAGGCGAACACACCCGACCUCUCCGCGCGCCCCUUGACCUCAAGCGUCCUCGACGAUGUCUUCUACGUCCUCCGUUCCAUCCUCGCACGCAGCAUCUCAACGGCCAGCGUGGAGACAGUGGCGGCGAUGACCAAGGCCGCACGCUGGGUGAUGGACGAGGAAUUCGUGCAGGCGAUAGUGAGACGUAUGGAGACGGUCUGGAGGGGCGUUAGCAGUAGUAUGACGGUGGAUGGACCGAGGAAAGAAGCGGCGACGAGGGAGAUGCGCACCACCUUCAUCGUCUACCUCAACGUCCUCUCCGUCUCGGCCGACUACACCGAACGGAUACUGGCCGAACUCUCCUCGGAGCAAGUGCUCGGCGCAAGCUUUGCAGAGCGCGAGCUUGCAGAGGUUGCAUCGAUGGUGCAAGGCCUUGGCGUGCUCGUCACGCGCAUCAAGAGUGCCGUUCGGACGGAGAUGGAUCAGCUCUUCACGCAGCUGACGCGCGCAAGACUGCGGCCCAUUCUGACAGAGGCGUACCGCGACGUCUCGUACUUGCUCGACGACGAUGCGUUCUCCGAGGCAGAGUUCCAGGAUCCGGUGCGACGGCGCUUCAUCAAGGGCUGGGAGACGGUGCUUGCCGGGUACGAGGAGCUCUUCGUCGAGGCCAAUUGGGAGGCAUACUUCAGCCUCACGCUCGAUGCGCUCGUGCGCUCGUGGGAGAAGCUGGCGAUGGGCAUGCGCUACACCGAGCUGGGCGCCUUGCGCUUCGACAAGGACGUACGCACCAUCUGCAGCUGGCUCGCCAAUCACUCCAAGAGCGGCAGCGUGCGCGACAAGUUUGCGCGCCUGCAGCAAGUCUCUUAUGUGCUCAAUCUCGACGACGACGAUCUGCCGGCAGAGGGCGCAGAGGCAGGAGCAGAGGCGCCGCGCGAUUUGUAUUCCGAGGCCGAGGCCGCUGGCAUGGCCUGGCGCCUCUCCCCCGACGAGGUGGCAGCGCUUCUGCGGGACAAUCGCGUGCGCGCCUGAGAGCGAGUGGAGAAAGCAGAUGCACAGUCACCCUUGUCCCCCUGCGGCGAGAGAUCUACAGGCAGAAGGCUGCCGGUGCCGUCUGCCCGCGAGAAGCGCAGCGAGGUGUCUGACAACAUCGAGGCUCCGCGCAAAGGCGAAGACAACAGAGGAGCUUUGCGCGCAGCCGUCUUGAUUGCUUGGCCAAAACCUGAAGCGUCUGGAUUGCGCCUCGAGGCAGAUGCUCUGACGUCCGCGACAGCUGGCUUUGCUGAUGCGAGCGAGGAAGACAAGAAGCGCGCCAUUGCGCGCUACCCCAAGUACACAACGGGCAUCAUUGCCUGCAGUGGACUAGCGCGC